UUUAGUCAAGUUAGGUUAAAGUGACAAGAUUCGAUUGAGCAGGAACAGCUGUAUGACAGAUGCCAUCAAGCUAGCGUGCUAAGUAAAUAUCUGUUCAUAUUCUUUUCCGUUUAACUCUUCUGACAAUUUAAAGCGCACGAGAGUAUGUAGAACGCGUAAUCUGGUAUUUUAAAAGGAAAUGAGGAAAGGAAAGAAGCACCAGCAGAACACUGGAUCUCAUGUGACUGGAAAUGGAAGCGUGAAGAGACAAGGCGAGCAGGAGUCCAGGAAGAGGCAGAAACUGGUGGAGAUCCACCAGGCUCUGAACUGUGACCCUGUGGACAUCGAGACCCUGCGGACAGCGGCCAUAAGCGAGGGAGGGCUGCUGACGGACGACAUCAGGAGGAAAGUGUGGCCAAAACUGCUCAGCGUCAACGUGUACGACCUGCCAGCCAAACCCUCUAAAGAUGCUAGAGAAGGCCACAAGGAUUACAACCAGGUGCUGCUGGAUGUCCGGAGGUCAAUGCGGCGUUUCCCUAAAGGGAUGCGCGCCGAACAGAGGGAGGCCCUCCAGGAGCAGCUGACUGACAUCAUCCUCGACGUCCUGCGGAGAAACCCGCAGCUACACUACUACCAGGGCUACCAUGACAUCGUGGUGACCUUCCUUCUGGUGGUGGGCGAGCGCAUGGCUAUCGCCAUGGUGGAGACCCUCUCGAAUCAUCACCUCCGGGACUUCAUGGACCCCACCAUGGACAGCACCAAGCACAUCCUGAAUUACCUGAUGCCUAUUCUGGAGGAGGUAGACCCCGAGCUUCACUGCUUCAUGCUGAGGGCGGAGGUGGGAACCAUUUUCGCGCUGAGCUGGCUGAUUACGUGGUACGGUCACGUCCUCUCGGAGUUCCGGCACGUUCUCCGGCUCUAUGACUUCUUCCUGGCCUCACACCCUCUCAUGGCCAUCUACUUUGCUGCAGUGAUCGUCCUGCACAGGGAGGAGGAGGUGAAGACGUGCGACUGUGACAUGGCCAGCCUGCAUCACCUCUUGUCCCAGAUCCCCCAGAACCUUCCGUACGAGGACCUGAUCGCCCGGGCUCAGAGGCUGUUCCUCCGCUACCCGCCCCCGCUGCUCGCCAAAAGGGCUGCUCUGCAGUCCCGCAAGAGCAUCUCCAUCAGCUCGUUCAAAGACUUCCAGCUGGCCACCCUCCAGCAGCGCCCGGACGCCGUCCUGAGACGCCAGCUCCACCGGGGGUCCGCCGCCGCCCGGCCCGGUCUCCCGGGAGACGCCCCGCCCACGGCCACCAGCCAGCUGGUGAAGGUGGCCGUGUGGGGCAUCUCCGCCACGCUGGGAGCCGCUGCCCUGGCCGUGACGCAGACCGCCAUGGAGUGGGCCCCCGACUUCCUCUUUCAGAUGUUCUAACAACCCCCCCCCCGAGCCCUGCCCGCUUCCGGGGAAAGGUGGGCCAGGGUGCGGUGUGGGCAGGCCAGCGAAGAAACGUGUGCCAAAAUGGACGUGUCGGGGUUUCCACCAGCUGUCGGUCGUCUAAGAGCUGGGCGGACUUGGGUGGGGGUUGGGGGCCAGAGUCUGUUGUGCUCCAGAGCAGUCGGUUUCAGAAACAUGAUUUAUUUAUUCUCAAACUUUUAUAGAUUUUACUUGUGCUAAUAUUGGGGGAAAAAAGGUGGGCGAUUAGUUUUUGUAAUCAUAAGCAUUUUGAAUUGCCGUCCCGUCAGCAAUAUGUCUGGGAAAUCGUGCGAAUAGCAGAGGUAGGAAUUAUUAGAAAGGCUUUUUUUCUGUCAAAAGUCAUGACGGCAAAACGGCAGAAGUAUAAUCUAGGGAAAUAAACAAGAACGCAAUAAGGUUGCGUCUAAAAAUGUUCUACCGUAUUAAUUUCCAACAGUUUAAAGAAGGGCAUUUCACUCUACAGAAAAGCACUUUGGACUAUAGUAGCACAGUGAGAUUAAAUAUCGCCCGUAACCCCACCUCUGGUGGCAGUGGCUUGCAGCACAUCAGGGCUGAGGAAGGAGACAGAGACAGGGAGUGGGAACGACUUGUCCCCUGCCUUCCGGAAUAUUCUGUGGCUGCAGGGCUACAAUGGGGCAUAGGCAUUGUGAUCCAAGGUCAUGUGACUUGCAGGUGGCAAGUCCAAAUAUCUCUCCAGGCCAGUGGUCUGACUUUGGAUCAUUUCUUUGUUUAUAUUUUGUUCUAUAAUCAUAUAGGUUCUGUACCAUUUCCUCAUGCCUUAAAACAAGCCACUUUCUGAGAAAAUCUCACCCUUCAUGAUAAUUGCUGAAGGAAGAGGGUGGAAGAAUGCACAUCCCCUUUACCACUGAUUGAAACCAAUGUAGAGUUGUAUUUUGAUCCAGAUUAGAGGACAGUAUGACAGUAAUUGUGCAUUUGACUGCUUGACUGUUGGUAAGCUGUGUGUGGAUUCUUAGUCAACUGUCUGGUUCAAAACCACUGGCCUUGAAGUGGUUUUGAAGACCUAUGUUGUGGGUUUGGACCAAGCAAAGGUACUACUGCUUUCAGGGAUGAGUUUCAUAUAAUACCUCUAGCUUUGAUACCAAGAUUUGGGCUCACUCAUUCAUUUAAUACAUUUGUUCACUCAUGUCUGAAUUUACUUUGUUCAUUCUGUCAUCUAAUAGCUCAUUAAUAAUGAAUUGAAUCUGUCUAAAUAUCUGGUGGGGCGGGAAAUGUGGCCCUAGUCUGUUUGCACUUUUUCUUAAAAUCAGCAAUUUAAAAUGCUUGAAAAGGACUAUGUUACCAGUGACAUUGCUUGCUGAUAUUGCUUGAAGAUCACUGUAAAAUUAAAUUAUACUUAUUCACUCCCUUAUUGACAAGGCAGUUACGAUGUAAAAGUCACCGUUAUUAAGGUUAUGCACCUAGAACCUAACUGGGGGAAAUAUUCAUUUUGUUUUUCCUUUUUUUUUGGAUUAUGUGCCAUUUGAAGGUUAUUUCUGUGACAUGUUAUUUACUAAGAAUGUAAAAAAUCUCAUUGGAAGAUAUUUCUGUUAAUUAUUUAAGAACGAGAAGAAUAUUUUUGCCUAGAAAGGGUAAAAGUUUAUUGGCUUUUGUAUGCAUCAUUGGCAGAUGAGCUUGUUUGUGUGCGGAAUUUGAAAGCGAGGAAUAUUGGCUGAUCGGGCCAAGUUUAACUUAGUUUUUGUUGGCAUCCAGAUGAAAUCGAAUGAGGUUGGAACGGCUUGCGAUGGAUAUCUGCGUUCUCUUGACGGCAGCAGUCUUCAGACUUCUUUGCUGUCCGAUGUUUACCUUUAGAAGCGAUUCCGCCAAUAAUUUUCCAAGACUCGCAGAGUUAACGGAAAUAUAAUGAGGUUUUAAUCAUCGAGAUUUGGCAGAGUCUGCCAUUCAGUGGCAAAUGCUGCAUUAUACCUGCCUUCAUUGGAACAUCUCGUCUGCCAAGGCCAUUCUGGCUUUUUAUACCCUUCCAACACAAAGAGCGUGAGAACACUGCCCUGUUCGCUUUUGCCUGGUCUGUACAGUGCCAAGAUUGAAACAGUCUAGAAUCUUCCCAGCGAAGUAGGCUGUCACCAUGGUCAUGCUCAAUUCUAUUCAAUUCAGCCCAUUCAGUUUGUUCACCGCGAGAGAAAAUUGAGUUCUCGGCUGGCCUACCUGGUCGUGUAAAAGCAAAAUAAAAAAUGUAAACUCAAUUCACAAAUUGAAAAAAACUCCAUGAUGUCCUAUAGGCUUUUUUAAAUAAUGAAUUUAAUUUCUGUUGGUGUCCUGAAUUGAUGGAAUUGUAGUGAAAUCGACUCCAUCCGUGGUCUUCGGUUUCUCACCAGUAGCAGAAGAGCACAAGUGGAACAGUAUUUUUUUGCCAGCAUGCCCAAAGGGAAUUCAAAAACUAAACUGUUUUAUUAUGUUUUCUAAUAUGUGAUACAAAUUGUGAUUGAAUGGCGUUUUGCAUUUUCUUAUGAAUAUGAGGAAACUUUUGAUACACUAGUCAGUUUUGUAAUGCAUUCUGUUUGUUGAGGGGACAUCCCUCGCCCUUGAUGUCGAACGUAGAAUGUGGUUCAGCAUCUGCAUUGUGACCCAUGGGGACACUACAGAGACAGGAGACUCCGGCCACAGACCCAGGAGGACGGCAGCUGCCUGGCCCCCAUGGUUGGGGCUGGGCGCAGAGGGCAGCUGGAUGGGGCUGUCUGCUUUUCCCAGCAGAGGUGGCACUGCCCCUGCCCAGCAGCUGGGUUUAAGUGCCCCUGCUUGUCGGAGGGCAUGAGCUUCCAACACGGAGAGAAGGAGAGAGAGGGCUUCGCCGUGCUAAACUGCGAGGGAGAUUGAUAUGGAGCGUGCGUGCUGGAGGGAAUUCGCCCGGGCGAAGUGGCUAGGCAGGGGAAUAGAAGGAGCUCCGUGUUUGCCGCCUGAGUGACAGCCAAACAUUUCGGCUGACUUUGACAGCGGGGUUAUGAAUGCGGCGCCCGUCGGGUAACUGAGGGAAACAGCCGCGGUUUCUCUGCAUGUCUCGCGCACAAUGCCGCGUUCAGAGAACGGUGACACGUAGCUUUGUUUUAUUACCUGCAAGUUGUGCUUUCUCUUCACUGUACAUGCGCAAAGUGCUGCUCCGAUAACAUUGUGGCAAGCUACGUGCUGUAACAUGUUCCCAUGGCUUGCAGAUGUCAAGCAAAUUUCGCUGUACGUUUGCUUUAAUUUUGUAUGCAUUAACGAUGAAUAAACUUGAAAUGCGUCACCAGCUAAA